CAAAUUAGACAGACUACAUAUCGAAUCUAAAACGGCUUGAACCCGCGUCCAGCCCUGUCACGAUCGGUCUUCCUUCCGUCCUCAUUCAGCCCCGCCGCAAACCAAUGGCAUCCAACUUCAACUUUCCUUCCCCUGGCGGUGUCCCCAACGCCAACAGCAGCACCAGUCCUCUACGGCCCUUCUAUGGCUCACCCUUGGACUCUCCCCUGCAGUCCUACUACCAAGACGCUUCCCAGCUCGAACACGACCUGGCUGCCUCACACGAUGUCACCACACAGGCUGCUGCCAAGGAGCUCCUCAACUAUGGCCUGAUCAAGUACCUAACGCUCGCGAUAGCUGCGCCCUUCGAGGCAGGACAGACGUUGCUGCAAGUCCAGUAUAUGCCCAAUAACACUUCCGAUCCGAGCAUUAACAAUGAAGAUCUCGCAGAGCAGGAGCGACGUGAUGAAGAGUUUCGCCGGAUGCAGGAGGAAAUGGACGAGGAAGAGUAUCUUAAUGACGGAUCGGGAUCAGGAGGAUACUACUCGAGUAGUACCCGUCACGACCAUUUUCCUUCGCCUCGCUCAAAUGUCAAUAAGCUAGAUCCCAGCUCAGUCGUCUUCCGGGAGCGUAGGGACUUUGAUCAGUCAGGAUACUUGAUUCGAACCAAUGUAUAUGACGACAGCUCGAGACCCGCCUUCCAGCUGCCACCCCAAGAGGAGGGCGUGUGGCAGGUAGUGAAGGCAUUGGCCUACCACCCCACUGAGGGAUACCUUUCUCUUUGGAAGGGACAAUACACAAACUGGGUGUAUGAGAUCUUGCACCUCUUUGCUCAGCCGACUCUGGAAGCGACCUUGAACGACACGUUUGAUCUGUACGAUGAUACGAUCCCACUCGUCCAUUUGGACAGAGUCGGUCCCAACAUCGCAACAAUGGUCACCUCCCAUCUCGUCGUCGGAUUCAUUCUCUCGCCUUUGGAGCUCGUCCGCACUCGUCUUGUUGUUCAGACCUCGGAUCCUAAGCAGCGAAAGUACACCGGUAUGCUCAACUGCAUCUCGACUAUUGUCUCAGAGGAAGGAUUCAUUGCUCUUUGGGGAGGUGUCAACCUCUUUCCCACGAUUCUCUAUCACACAAUCACACCGCUCUUGUCAAACUCGAUCCCACUUAUCAUCGAUCGCAUCUUCGGCAUCUCUGCGGCAGACUCACCGGUGCUUUAUGCAGUUGCAGAACUGGGUCUGGACACACUCGAUCUUUUGAUCCGCUUGCCGAUCGAAACUAUCCGCAAGCGUCUCCAGAUCCAGAUCCAGGCAAAGAUCCCUGGAAAGAGAUACGAGACCGUGGUCGAGACCAGGAAGAGACCCUAUGCCGGCAUCAUGGAUUGUGUGUACAGAAUUAUUCAGGAGGAAGGAGGACAGCGUAGGGGGCGCUCGAAGAAGCAGGUCGACGAGGAUGGUGGUGAGAAGGAUGUAAAGACGCCGUGGUAUGGAACCUGGGCUAUCCGCGGAUUGUAUACUGGCCUCGGCAUGCACUUGACGAGUAACCUGGCCAUCUUUGCGGUCGGUGCAGUAACCAACUUGCAGGACGACAGCGACGACUGGUAGAUACAUCGCCAGUAGGGAUCGCAUUCUCACAUUCAAUGGACAUUGUUUUUCCGAAAAUACGCGAUAUUUUUGACCUCAUCAAAUUAAUAAAUAUUGACCCUUGGGCCAAGUUCUGGCUGAAGAUUAAAAAUAAAAGGGCCUGAAAAGCUUUGGCAC